AUUCAGUUUUGAGGCUGGCUAGGCAUGGUCAUACAUACAGUACCGCCGUGCCUACAGUACAUACAGCAACUAACGCAGUGUCUACACGUCACGAUUCGUACUUACUGUAGCAAGUUCAAACCCACUUGCCCUGCUCAAUAUGCAACCCAUAACAUAAUAUGGCAUGCGCCUCGCGGCGCUUGAGAGAUGGCAGGGGUAUCGGAGUUAGAGGGUGGCCCGCCCUGGUGCAGAAAUGCGGCCCCGCUGCCGGCCAUUCAGCACUCUGUGCCGCAAGCUAGUGAUGACGCUAAAAAGCUUAGCUUACCAGACUGUCGGGACCACGCUAAGCAGGCAUUAGUCCCUGUAAGGUUACUCGUCUUCCCAAUGAAGCAUGGACCGAGCAGGGGAGGUCCUUGAUUUAUAGCGGGAACAAUGUGCUGCCAUUGGUUCAUGCCUGAUGAUUGCACUUGUGGCCAAUGGGUGAGAGCUCCGGGCUCGCACGCUUUGCUGGAUGUGGUAUAGCGAGUACGCGCGCGUUUACCAUGCGGUUGGCUGUCAUUGGACAGCGGCUUGGCUGCAAGCGAAGGUCCUGCCAACUCAACGACUUUCCGUGUCUGGUCCCUACACGCCCCCCCUUGCUCCUUGCUCCUUGCACAUUGAUUGCUCCUCUGAUUUCCUACCUCACAUCAUCCAUCAGAAUCAAAUCAAACCUUCUUCAUUCUACCAGCUUCGGCCUUUUCGUACCGACAAUCCAUCACCAAUUCACUCACCGAUUUUUCGUUGUCCUUUCUCUUUCCUAUUCUGCGUUACAAUGGGAGCAACCUUCCCCACAUCCCAGUCAAAAGGCUCCAUUGUCUGUCUGUCUCUCUCUCUCUCGCUUUUUUUAUAAAGUUAGACUACGUUUUAACAAAUUCAUUAUGAGAUGCUGAGAGACGUGGUCUAAGAUUGAACUAACCUCAUACUACUAAAGCAUAUACAAUUGGGGUCUUGCCGAUUUCUGUCUGUUACAUGUGCCAUGUCAUGAUAUUACCCCCAGCAUUUAUAUGGAUGUUUCAAUUGCUAUCAGUCUAUCACAAGCCAAGUGCCGGCCUGGAUGGCUUAGGCCCCUGGACAUCAUCUCCCUCGCUUGUGCGCCAUAGGUAGCUCAUAUGUUCUUAACGCUUAGCUAUUAACUUAGCUGCCAACA